UGGCGGAUUUUCUAAUUCAGAGCUUGUCGAAUAUUGACUGAUGCUGGCAGUGGAAACAAAGUAAAAUAUUUCCAAGUACUUACUACACACAAGAAUGGGGCUUUUUGCGAUAUCAUUGGCUGUGGCAAUCAUAACAAUUUGUCCAUCCACGACAAUAUCGCACUCAAACUUUGGAGAGUUUCAAGAAGGUGUUGAAAGUCUCUACGAGACUUUGCAAAAUGUCAUUCCCCUGAUGCAAAGCAUGGUACAACAAACUCUCGACAAUAUACCCGAAACCGAUGAAUAUGGGAGGUAUCAGAAAGAGUUGCAUGCAUAUUUAAAGGACGUUGAGAAUUACAAAACGAAACGGGGGCUUUGUAUGGAGAAGACUCUACGAGUUUAUACUCAUUUUGAAAAAUUUGAAGAACGUUGUAGAAAGGAUAAUGCCCCAGCAGAAGCCAAAAAAGUGCUGAAUUUAUUUAACGAGAAUGGCUACGGAAAUAUUCAAAACGUCUUUUCAGAAUGGUCAACGAAAUAUGGGCAAGCCGAAAUAUUGGCUUAUUUACAUGACCCGGAUACAACCGAUUCCAUACGAAUGAUGCCGAUGGCUUUAAAAGUUUGCUAAAAAAGAACCACCAUUUACAUUUUUAUAUACAAAGAAAUAAAUGAUGAAUGAGUUCUGGUUUUAUUGUAA